AUGGAGAGGCAGCGGGUGGUGGUGGUGGUGGAGGACGCCCCGGCGUCGCGCGCGGCGCUGCAGUGGGCCGUGCGCAACUUCAUCCGGGCCGGCGACUCCAUCGCGCUGCUGCACGUGUGCGCGCCGGCCCGCUCCAGGCGCCGCCGCCGGUGCCUCCGCCUCCAAGGCUUCCAGCUCGCGCUCGCCUUCAGGGACCUCUGCGACGGCGGCGUCGCGGAGGCCAUGGUGGAGAUCGUGGUGCGGGAGGGGGAACUCGCGCCGACGGUGGCCGCGGCCGUGGCGCAGCUCCGGGCCUCCACGCUCGUCGUCGGCCUCCACGACAAGAGCUUCCUCUACGGGUCGCCGAGCCCGUACGAGGGCGCGGGCGGGCUGGGGUGCCGGGUGCUGGCCGUCCGGCAGCACGCGACGGCGCGGCGCGGGGCCGUGGAGGCGGAGCUCACCCAGGUGGAGACCAUACGGCUGCACGUGCCGCCGCCCAAGAUCCCGUUCCCGAUCUUCGCGCUGCCGCUGGGGGUGAUCUGGCGGCGAUCGUCGUCGUCGUCGUCAAAGAAGAGGAGCUCAUCAAAUCGAGAGAUAGACACAGCACAUCAAUAG